GCCGUGACGAACAGAACAUCCAGGAAGAGAAUUGCAGAAACGUUUGAACAACGUGAGUCCUGUGGAUGUUUUUCAAAGUUAUGAGCCACAUUUAGCGGGACAGGAUCCUUCGCAGGCUUCAACACCGCAAGGAGAACAUUGGUUAAGGUAGGUGCAAACAACAACACACCACCUAUUCGCUAAAAAUGAUCCCAAAACAGUCACAAACAGCAGUGCCAGGAGCAGUGAGCUGCUAUAGCUGAAUUAAAAAAGUCUUAUUUGUUUCUUCUGAAUUUAGUCAUGGCCCUCAACAAGUCCAUGCAUCCCCGCAACCGGUACAAAGACAAGCCCCCUGACUUCGGGUACCUGGCCUCCAAAUAUCCAGACUUCCAACAGCACGUGCACACCAGCCUCGCGGGAAGACCUGUGUAAGUACUAACAACCGUUCAGAGUUUGUAUGUGAAGAGUUUCCUCAUGCAGGAGACUGUUAAUAAUACUAAAAAUCUGAAUUAUUGGGGGGUCAUAAGUGUAAGUGUUCUGUCUGGUAAUAUCUGGUCAGUCUUGGAUGUAACUGACUGAGAGACAUAGGGGAGAGUGUGGUAAGAUGAGACAUUUUUCAUGUUUCAGAUCUCUACAUCAAGGCAAUCAUAGUUUUGUGUCUAACUAGUGUAUCUGCAUAUAUUCCAGGGUGUUGUUCAUCCCUGCAAACCAACAGAAUGAGUGUAAACAUAACUGUCUUGAUAAUAUAGCAUGCCAAAAAAAGGGGUCUAUGGUCAACUUACCCCGUGUAUGGGGUAAGUUGACCAUAGGAGCAGGGUAAGUUGAGCUGUAUCCCUACUACCCCAGCCCUCCCUCACCUUCACCUUCUCUCUCCUUAAAUAACAGUCACUUCUUCACAUUCAUGUGUAUUUUUAUCUAUUAUAUGCUAUUCAACUGGUACAAUAAUCCCAUUUGUUAUUAUUGAAUAUAACUGCUAAAAAGCUGUUUUGUAAAAAGUCAUUUUAACAUGAGAAUGUCUUUUAGUGAUUCAGAACAUUCACAGCUGUAUUUUUGAAAAGAAAAAGUAACACAUUUCAACAAUCUGAACUGAAACUCUGAUCCUCUCAUCAGACUUCUUUACUUUCUCAGUUGAGUCACUGGCUCAACUUACCCCAGAACUACUAUUAUGACUUUAUUAGUCCUCUAAGCUCAAAUGGUGGACUUUUAUGUUAGGUUUUUGACCUCAUGUUGUAGCUCAUAGAUACCACAAUUGAUGUAUAAAACAAAUUUAAAAUGAUCUUUUUUGGUCUGAACACAAUUUUAAUAAAACUUAUGACAGACUAAAUUCACUUUCAAGAGUGAAAAAUGGUUUUUGAGAAAUAAAUAUCUAACACCUUUACCUAUGUGCUCCUAACCUUCACAGACUCCAUAAAUUGAUUUGGAGUCACAUAUUUUGGUCACAUGAUCAAUUUCUUUUACCAUUUCCAAGCAACAGGGGGUGGCUUAACUUACCCUUUGGCUCAACUUACCCCACUCUCCCCUAUCAUCAGAAACUCAGAUUUAAAAGCUGCAUUUGACUGAACAUUAAACUCAAUAUUCACUGAUCUGACGCGUAUAAUCACAGUAAUGUAGACUGUGGGCUAUCAACCAUUUCUUGAUCAGCCCACAUUGUCACAGUUGGUUUGUUUCAUCCCUGUUAUUGUUCAGUUCAACAGUUCCACUUUCAGACUGACUCAGUCAAUCGUGAUGAAAAAUCACUGGCUUCAUGCUCUGACUAAAAUCUGUCAAAAAGACUUGACUUGCAUCAUUGCAUCUCUGAUAAUUAUGACUAAAGAACUCAGAAAAAAUGAGAAGAGUAAAGUUACAAGUGUUUCUUUAGUCUCCCAACCCAGGGGAAGGUCUCACAGCUUCUGAUUUAAUAUUCAUACAUACAAAUGGCGUAGCCCUCAGGAAAAAUUUGAUAUUCAUCAAAAAUCUUCCACAAAGAGAGCAUCAGAGUCUAGCCCCACUCAAACUCCAGCUGAGGUUUUAAGAAUGGUUAAAUAAGGGUCCCUAUUAGCCUCCUGUGUUUCACUCAAACCGCAGGGGUGCAAACUAUAGGACUGGAAAAUGGUGUGUGUUAAGUGUGUGUGUGAGAGAGACGCUAAUGAGAGGUCAUGUUGUGAAAAAGUGCAGGCAGAGGGAAAAUGUCUGAAAGGAUUAGUGGAUGUUGACAUUGAGCAGUGUGAGUUAAUGACUGUGGGUACAGAGCUGUUCUUGUACACUCAGUGGGUCCCAUAGCUUUCCAGUUUGCCUAUGUGUCGGCACCAACAAAGCCAAAGUGUGUCCAAAAUAUGAUUUACCAAGUAUUUUUGUAAGGUUGCGUCUAGUCUUUGGCAAAACAUGUCAAUCUGUCAUUCUUCUUUAUCUGGAUGUUAUCAUUGUUCUUUAGGGAUAAAAAUGACAGUCAGUCUAAGGAGACAAAGGAAAAUCCUGAUUAAUAUUCCAGCUGACAGCUAUUAAGGGACUUAACUUUGAGGAACGCUCUUCAUCUGUCAGGACUGAGACGCUCUCCUCCCUCUUUAUUUGGGAUUUUGAAACAGGUAGCACGUCUGCGAGCGAGGGAAUUUCUCGUAAAUGUUUCUGUGCUGUGCAGAUACAUGUGGACUGGUGGUUGUGAUAUAGUGGUGAACGUGGUAGUGUUGGCUGGGUCUUUGUGGCUCUGAGGUGACCAGUUGAUCAUUUUUGUAAGUAAGUGUACGGUGCAUGUGUGGUCCUGCUGGAAAUCUCCACAUUUUUGUCAGUAACAAGUGAUAACUAUCAACCUAGAGCAGUGGUUCUCAAGUCCAGUCCUUGAGGCCCACUGUCCUGCAUGUUUUGGAUGUUUCCCUGCUCCAUCACACCUGAUUCAAAUGAUCAGCUCGUUAUCAAGCUCUGUUAUGGCUUAAUAACGAGCUGAUCAUUUGAAUCAGGUGUGUUGGAGACGGAAACAUCCAAAACAUGUAGGACAGGGGGGCCUCAAGGACUGGACUUGAGAACCACUGGUCUAGACUAUAAACUAAUAGACAUGUAGGAACUUAAUGGGAGACAGAAACAUGUAUGUUGUAUAUAUGUUUUAUAAGCAUGGGUGUGAAAGUAUUUUUACUAGUUUAUAAAGGUAUAUACUGUGUAUGAACUUAUACGGUAUGUAUAAGCGUAGAUAGGUCUUUCUUUGUCUUUUGGCACUAAACCAUCACAUGUUCCUGAUUUUCACUCUCACUAAUUUCCAUCUUUUCUUCAACUUCUCACCUCAUGUGUCCAAAUAUAAGCCCUUUUUGCACAGUAUUAAUGCUCUACUUUAAAACCAAAGCUCUGUAUGCACUCCUGAGCCAAACGGCGCUUGGAUUUUCAAAGAAAAGUAUUCAUGAUAUUCAGUAAUGAUCCAGGAAAGUUACUCACAAAAUUCUUGCCUGAAUGUGGACCCGGGUGGUGCACCUGCUGGCAUUCCCAUCCCAGAGCCAUGCUGAUGGUUCAGUUGUAUAUUAUUCAGUCAAUUAUUUUUGCCAGCUAUAUAACGUAUGUAAAGGAUUUCGCCUUCAUAUGUGGUACCAGCUCUGGCUGCCCGUCUGCUGGAAUUUGGCUCCUCUUCCCCCAUCAGUCUGUCAUUCCAUCAGUGGAGGGAUUAGUGUGGUUUUUGUAUUCCUCAAUGAAUUCAUCUACUGGGUUUUUAAGUAUUUAAGCAGUGAGUUAGGGAUGAGCGUAAUCUUGGGGAGACACUCGCAAAAUCCUCGGGGGAGAUAUGUCCCCCUUCAUUUGGGGAUCGUCAGUGGAGAAGAGUGAUAGAAGCGGUCAGGAAGUGGAGCUCAGACCAGAGGCAGCAGAGGAAACAUUGUAGAUGUAACUGGAAUUAAAGUGAGGAUGAAAUAAACCCCAAAACAUGUCCGGAUGUGUGUUUCUUUCAGUGUUCAGGGAAGGAGAAGGGGGGCUCAGAUCAGAAAGAUAGAGGGUUAGGAUAGGAUUAGAAGCUGUGAGUGGGUAUUAAAAAUUCAGCAGCCCGUGUGGAAUUUAAUUUGGGAGUCAUAUUUUUUCAUGGGUUGGGACACAAUCAUCAGAGAAGGAUUUUCACUCUGGUAAUUAAAGGAAUGUUACAUUUUCACACCAGUAUUUAUUAUUCAACACAUCCCCUGCAAUAGCUGAGAAAUAAAUGAUUAAUUUUGGGCUCUGGUGCCAAAUUUUCAAUGAUGAAUGUGAACCUCUGACAGUCAGCUGCACUUUCCUCACUGGAACACUGAGCCAUUAACAUACAGACCUCUUUAUUAUCUGAUAUGAGACCUGAGGCUUUGGGUGGGACAUUAUUUUAGAAUUUUUCAUUUCAAAGCCAUGUGCCGUGACUUCUUUGACCUUGAGAGCUUGGCACAAAACUGGUCCAGCCCCCCAACCCUGAACCUUAAAAGCUGCUCGUAUCUGGAACUGAAUUUUCUUUUGCUUUCUUUUUUUUUUUUGUUACAUUAGCUUUUUAAUCCUGUCUAGGUUUGUGUGAUGCACUCAGUCCGCUUUUAUUAGGAGCUGAGGAAAUGGAAAAAAAAACACCUGACUCAAGAAGUGUAGCAUCUAAUCAGCACAAAAUAAUUCUCAGCACACUCAGAGGGAGGAGAACGCAGCUUGAAGGUCACCUUUCUGUUGGCGCACAUUGGAAGCCCAUGUGUGAGAGUAUAUGAGUGUGUGUGUGGACACUUUCAUGCUGAUCAUGUAUCAUAGAAGUGAGAGCAAGCUGUUUGUCUCAGCAGUAAUCUCCCCUCUUGUGUGAUGACGCGGCCUCUCCAUCCAUCUGAAGAGUUUCCUGCCCUGCAGCACUUUCAUCCCUUCUUCACUGCAGAGUCCUCUGUUCACUUCUUGUGUUGUCUGUAUGUUAGCGGACAUCAACCAUGAGAUCAGAACAGCUUUUUCAGCACCGGUCUAACUUUUUUUUUUAAUCAACCUGGUUUGUCCCAAACUGUUCCCCGUCUCACACAGCGUGAUUGUAAGCACGCAGUAACGCUCCUACGUGGCAGCAGAGGCGUAAAACUGCGGGCACGCUCACGCUCAGUGUGGCAUCGGCCAUUGCUCCAGCGUGGCCGGAUUUGCGUGCUCUCUUCAUCUGUUCAGUAGGUGGUGUUGCCAUGGAGAUGUGGCAUUCGCUGUGCUGCUGAUGGGAGUGAUCGGUCUGCACUGCACAUCCACACACAUGCGCUCAUAGCAGACUAAAAAUAGAGAGCCUGGCCUGAGGAGCCGCCUUCUCUGAAUACUGAUUGUUAUCUAAUGAUGCCUCAGAGGAGAAAUGAAAGAGGGCAGAAUAUCUGAGAGGCAGGCAGAUGAGAGAAGCCGACUUUUAUUUGGGAAUGAGUGAGAAUUAUGCUGAUCUAUCACUUCUCUCUCAUUAGUCUGAGUCCUCCUCAAAGCUCAGGACAUUUUCAAAGUGCCGGCUCCUUCUCAGUUUUCCUUUUCUUCAGACGCUGAUGUACAUCCUCAAAGCAGCCAGGUGUUUCUCUGAGAGGUCAGACUCUCCUCGGCUGCUGAUUAAACCGGACCAUUAACCUUAUAUGUUCAUUAGCAGAGGGAAGACGACAGGUAAGAUCGAUGUCGCACUCUACGAGUAAAUCACUCUUCAUUCAUACAUGUCUUCCACCUGGCUGAGUGGCGGGCUGUUUGUCUCUGUUAUCAGUCCUGAAUGAAGAGGUCAGUGACCAGAAAAACCUCAGCGGGAAGGCAGAGGAAGUUUGAGGAGUCUUCAUUUACAAUUUAAGCAAGAUUUUUGAAUGAGUUCACCUGCAAUUUUGGGGGAUUUUUUUGCUUUCGUUGGACAGCUCAAAGAGGAGAAAUGAGACAGAAGAUACAAACGCAACAAUAAGGGAACAAAUUUUACAUUAAUGAACUGACUGGCCAGACCUUUCUGAAAACCAUCACACCAUCAUCUUAAACUAAUGAACUCUGCAUCUAUAUGGACAACACGCCUCCAUCUACUCGUAAUAUUCUUUCCCUGCCCUAUUUGUCAACAACAAAACUGUCAAUCACAUCACAAACCCUCUUUUUGAUAUAUAAUUUGAUUUUAAUUAGAUAUUGUAAUUAUAAGUGCCUGUGGCGAAUUCUUACAAAUCUCAAUUAGAGUGCUCUUCACUUUCAUUACUGAUGCUAGGCCAGGGAGGUUGUCCUGCAGUGCUUUUGCUUUCCUCAUUACUGACUGUGAAGACUGUUUUAGGAUGAUCUUUACACUUUAUUCAAGGACAUUUUACAAAAAAAAAAAAACAUUUUGUAGAAUUAGCAGCAGUUUUAAAGGGAUAUUCCGGCAUAAAAUUAAUUAAGGGUCAAACACACUGUAGCACCGAGUUGGACACCCCAUUGAGAGAUGAAUGUUGCUGACCGCUUGCUCCUCUAAUACCAACUUUAGUUAUGACCACAGAUAGCAGUAUACAGCAGUCUGAGGAGCCAUACACAAACCUCAACCUAAACGCCACUCUAGAGCCACAAAUAAUGCUCAGAACAGCACCUAACUUCAUCAAGAGUACAUAUAAGGUCCUAGUCACCAAACAUCUUUUCAUUUUCCUGAUUUCUUUAGCAAAGAGACUAAACACAACUCACCUACUCUUUUCCAGCAACCGCUUGUUUGUAGCAAGACCUUGACCAGUCCAUCAUUGACUGGGACGGGGUGACGCAGCUCAAGGAAGAAAAUUUUUUAACAUUAAUUUUAUGCCGGAAUAUCCCUUUAAGACUAGAGUUGAACUUUGAAAAAUUGAGUUUGUCCUUUGUGACGAUGACCUGUCAUUGGUGUUGACUAACGUGAUAUCAGAAGUCUCUCCCCUUCUUGAUUGCCAUUUGUCAGAAUUGGAGAAGUGACAUUGAUUAGCAUGCAUACACUGUGAUGAGCUAUUCAAAGACACAAAACUACAGGACAGGAGCACAUCAGGCGUCUUGAGAUAGCUUGCUUUAUGAUCCAGCGGGGGGGCUGUCUCAAUAUCGCCAAGGCCAUCUAGCCUGGCUAUGUGUCAGCUUAUGGCAAGUGUUCAACCCUGUAUGACUGCGUUUUUUUACAUCACACCCCUUUCCAGAGGCUUAUUAAAAGGUCAUGACCAAUAAGGACCAAAAUGAAGGAGGCAGGCUCUGUGACUUGUUCUUGGAUGUUUUUGCUUUACUGUCAGGGUGGAGUUGCACCAUCAGUCUGCGCUUCAACAGCUCUACCACUCCACACACAAACCCCACAGUCCAAUUAAAACCAGACUAAGAUUCAGAAUGGGAUUAACCUGCAUGUUGCCUUUAGCCUGGGUGGACAACAACUAACCUCCUUUAUCGUCAAAUAAGUUUAUCUUUGAGCAUAUGCACCAUCAAAUCCUAAUAUCAGCCUGUUUGUGAAAGCAUCUUGUUUAGUAUUUGAUACAGUACCCUUCUUUUUAAAAAAGAGGGUUUCAAGAUGAAGUAGAAAAGCACAAAUGGAGCUAGACAGCAGAUGGAUAGAUCCUCAAAGAUUCUAGGUUUGCCUAAAAGUGAUGGCACACAUCCCCAGUAGAUUGUUUAGUAAAGUAAUUCCUGCAUUCAGAUGUAUUUUGUGGCUCAAAGACUUAUAUCGCCAUCUGUACCAGCAGAUUGUUUUUCCUUUUUUUAUUUUUUUUUAUGGUAUAUACUCACACCAAACCAGUGAGGUGCCAGACGCUGCCAUCACCAUGAAUGUGUCUAAUUACAUCUACCAAGGUGUGAAAACGCUCAGCACAGCUUUAAUUACACCUAUCUCGCCCACUCGUUUUGUCUGCCACACGGUUGCCCGCCUGUGUGACAGCUGAAAAAGCACCGAACAUGUCGAGAAAGGGGAAGACAAGAAAGAUGAACAUGUGGGACGGAGAAUCAGGAGUGAAAUGUGCGAGGUCUGUGCAGUGUUGUAAAUUUGAAUUUCAUUGUCAUUAACGGGGGGAUUGUUUAGAGUGACGGGCUGCUUAUCUCCCUAUUGUCUUAUGUGUGUCUGUGUGUGUGAGUGUGUGUGUGCACGUGUGUUUGUGUGUGUCCGUGUAAUUUGAAUUAAUGGGGUUCAGUGCAGAGUGCUGCAGAGGGUUAAUGAAGAACUGCAUUAAGAGAGUUUGGUAAAUUGCUGUCACGGCGCCUCAUUGGUAGAAAUGAGAGUAUCAGCAAGUCACUAAAUUGAAAUUUAAGGAAAUUUAGGAGUUAUAGGAACAAUUUUUUUAUUAUUUUUUUUGGCAGCUUUGAAGACAUUUCUCUGAGAGAUGAUAAAACCAAACCAUGUCUUUAAUUCAUAGAGGAAGUAAGAACCCCUUUUGUUAAAUGAGGUCCGACAGUUCGAUGAGGCAGAAAAUUCAAGGAGACAGACAAUUUUGAGCUUUUUAAACCUCAGGUGAACACUAAACAAAGUCGACUGAGGAGGAACUAAAGGUUGAAUUAGAUACUAACCUUCUGAUUUAAGGGUUAAAUAUAUAUAUUUAGAUAUAAUGCUGCCAUAGCACCUUACCUUGGUUUUUUUUCUGUUUCAUAAGAUUAUAAGAUUAUAUCGUUUUGGCCUUUAUUAUAGGGGACAGCUGAAAAGAAAGAGAGAGGAAAUAUGGGGAGCAGAGAGUAAGAGGAGACAUGCAGCAAAGGGUGUGGAACCUGCCAUCAUUGACAGGCACUAAAGCCUCUAUAAGUGAGGCGUUUAGACCAAGAGGCCAUUGGCAUCCUGUAUAAGCCCUUAAUCAUUCAACAAAAGAAGCUGAAUUCUGUGAAAGUAAAAAAGGAAAUAAUUAAGAUUUAAUGUUAUGGCCAAGAACAAACUUAACAUUAAAAUUAAGUGUCUGAUUAAGUGGACAGGAUUAAGCUGAUUAACCUCCGCCAGUCUCUACAACAAUGGGUAAACAUCAGUGCUGUAGACUAUAGCUUCUCUGUAUCACAUAAGUACAGUGUAUGCAGUACAUUAUAAAAUACUCUGUAUGUGUGGGGCUUCCUGUCAGUUUUAUCCACCCAUGAUAUUAUUUUCUAAAACUGUUAUUGUUCAUUUGUCUGUUUCCCCUCUGGUUGGGCUGACCAUAUCAAAGUCUGGUUUAACAUUCAAAAAAGAUCCUUAUCGCAGAGAUGAACCAAACUUCCCUUUGACUCUCAGACCAGUUGAAAUGUUUGCUUGAUUAAGGUUACACACAUUAGAAUGUAGAUGCUUGUUAUUUUGUAUGUAAUUGAUUAAAACACCGUCAUGAUCUCAUUCUGUGCUUUUGUCCAUCUUGAAGGGUGAACUUCAAAGAGCCGGAGGCAGUCCGAGCGCUGACCUGCACCCUGUUGAAGGAGGACUUUGGUCUGACCAUCCAGAUCCCUCUGGAGCGUCUCAUUCCCACCGUUCCCCUCCGCCUCAACUACAUCCACUGGGUGGAGGACCUCAUUGAUGGCCAGAAGCAGCCGCGCAGGGGCAUCGACAUCGGUACAAACAUUCAUGUAUCUGUCGCUUAUUGUGCAUCUGUUAAAACUUGAAGAUGCUCCAUUUAGUUUCUUUGAAUCCAGCCUGUGGAUUUAUGGUGUUUUCAGUCUUUACAAACUGCUGGCUAAGUGAGCUCAGACUACAGGCAAAGCAGCCCGUUUCAUAUGUGGCUCCCAAAUAUUAUUAUUUUAUUUAUUUAUAUGCAUCUCUCCUGCAAAUCCUUUAUUUCGUACUAUUUUAUUGGCUUAAUUGUGAAUCUGCAAGGCUGCAAAACUGCUGCAGAGUUAUUGGCUUUUUCACAUCAAUUUUCAAGCGUCUGCCAAACUGCAUAAAUCAGACACAACAGCAAAAAUCAACACCUCUAAUCUGAUAGACUCCUCUGUUAUCUGCUUGAAGAAAGUCGCUGUUCUUCUCAGGCAGCAGCCACACCUAAAAAAACACACAAUAAAAGGAUUAAAGCAGCAGAUGGAGUAAAAUUUUGUUAAAGAUUGAAAAAUGUUGUAAAAGUGUACGGUUCAAGUGUUCGGUCCUCAGCUAAUAGAGUUUGAGACCCGUUGCUCUUGUUUAUCCUCGCUGUUGCUGCCAACGGAUCAGAGUAGCAAACAAAAUGUCAGGUGGUGCCUCCAGCUGGUGCAGAUGAGCCCAGUCGUUCCCAGUGUUCCCAGUACUCAGCAGGCAAAUCCCAGUCCACAUGUCACUGUGUGUUUGUGGUUCUGUCUGUCAAAGAAAAGCCUUAGCGUGUUUGUCGUUGAGAUUGGGCUGCAGGUGUGCAUGGGGGGGUGUCCUGUUUAGGGUCUUGGGUCAUUGAUUGGUGACCCUGAGUGUCCCUGUAAGCAGAUUGAAGCCGUCUGCCCCCUGAUGGAUCACUUCUGGGUGUUUCCUUUCCUCAGCGGUGCCACCUUUUGUCUAAGUCUGAGUUGAAUUACGCAGCCUGUCAUCCGUGAAUAAUUUAAUAAAAGCUGCUGAAUUGACUUUGAUUGUCCAUCGUGGCUUCUGAGUUCUUGAUAAUUCUUUGCAAACACGCCACCUCACGUUCAGGAACCAUCCUCCCUUCAACUAAUCAUUAACUGAGGUGUAUCUGCGGCUCAGGAGGUAGAGCAGGUUAUCCAUUAAUCACAUAUUUGAUUGAAAGCACUCUCUCUCAGUCCAUUUUACAAUUCUAUUCUAUUCAGAAGGUCAAAACCAUUCAUCAUCACAGUUAAUACAUCCCUCCCUGUGUGUGUUUUAUCAGGUACUGGUGCAUCCUGCAUCUACCCCUUACUGGGAGCCACUAUGAAUGGCUGGUAUUUCCUCGCCACAGAGGUGGACGACAUCUGUUUCGACUAUGCCACCAAAAACGUGGAGCAAAACAACCUGUCCGAUCUGAUUAGAGGUAAGUGUGGAGAGCAGUGUAUCUAAAGGGAGGAACCCUGCUGUUUUAGCUCAACAAAGCUUUAAUCUAUGUGGCGUUAUGGCGACAGCUCUGUUGAGUUUGUUUCAUGAAGUUUAUGUCAUGAUUAGGACUGGGCGAUUCGAUGAAAAAAAAAAGAUCACGAUAUAUUUUGUCAUAUCGUCUGAUCUCGAUUAUUAUCACGAUUUUUUUUUUUUAACAAAACUAGACAAACUAGAGAUUAGUUCAACAUUUUUUUAACAUACAAAGUAAAUAAAGCAAAUUGAAUAAGAUAAACUUAGAAAAAUAUAAAAAAACAUUUUAACUCAACAGUACAACAAAUGUAGAUAAAUUCUCAAUAAUAGAGUGAAGUAGUUUACAGUCCUGAGUGGUUCUGCAGGUAUGCAAGAUCCAAAAUAAACAAAUCGCCCCCUCAGAGAUAAUGAAGACGCCUUAAAAUGUAAACAUUAGAUGAAGUAAACACAGAUGAUACGACUGAUUGCUGCUUUGGUCUGGUUGCUGCACACCACCACUCACAUUUUCAUGCUUUCUGCAUAAUCACUGGGGAAGUACUUCUUCAAAUGAUUAAACAGAUUUGUUGUGUUGCCGGUUUUUGAGGACACCGACUGCCAACAUACCUUACACAUUGGCGUAAUUGCGCGACGUCACUUUGGAGAUACCCAAACCACCACCACACAACUGACGUUGAGUAACUUUUCUUCUCAACAAUAACAUCUUUAGAGGAUGACUCAAAGUCACGGCUGACAUCUGUUUUGCUGCUCUCAGCUCCACGUUGUUUACUUUCCCUGUUUACUUCUCUGGCAACUUACAAAAAUGAGCAGGAAAAGCUCGACUCUGAUUGGCUGUUGUGACACAGAUUCCCUCCAUGUUUGAUCGAGUGAAUGUGCUCACAGCUGAUCACCGUGAUCGAACUGAAAUUUAUCACCAUCAUGUAAUCACCCAGUCCUAGUCAUGAUACUGCUUUUGUAUGAUUAUCUUAUAUUCCUGACUCACACCCCCGCCUCUUCUCUAUCCCAGUCGUCAAAGUCCCUCAGAAGACUUUACUGAUGGACGCCUUGAAAGAAGAGACAGAAAUCGUUUUUGACUUCUGCAUGUGCAAUCCUCCUUUUUUCGCCAACCAGCUGGAAGCAAAGGUGACCGUUUCCCUCUCUUUCAUCAUUAAUCAUCACAUCCUGAUUCAGCGCAUGAAUUCAAAGCCUCCUCAGAUGUGCGUGUUUGGCUCUCUGAGCGUAAACAGGACUUGUUACCUGGUCAUAGUGAACCUGACAGGAAACACUAUUUGUUUACAGGAUAGUAACAGAUCUACUAAUAGGAUUUAAUCUUAAUCUCUGUCUGCCUUGUCGCUUCUCUAUAGGGGGUCAACUCGAGGAACUCAAGGCGACCUCCUCCCAGCUCAGUCAACACGGGCGGGGUCACGGAGAUCAUGGCGGAGGGCGGUGAACUGGAGUUCGUAAAGAGGAUCAUUCACGAUAGUCUGCAGCUCAAGAAGCGCUUGCGGUGAGGACAAGAUUUGGACCUUCAAAAUGAAACGUGUGUGUCGCAUUAAACUGUAGCUGGAAUAUGUAAUGAGCGAGGGUUCGAGACUAGCAGGCGAAGGGAAAAGAGCGCUGUUGUUCUGAGAGGCUUUGAGAGGUUUAAACGGCAGCUGAGAGCCUGAGUGAAGAGCAGACACCACGAGGGGGGAAUGUGCAGAUGGGUUACUGCGCUUUGAUGGAGCUGUCACCCAGAAUUGGACUAAUGAUUUUGGCAAACGCUCAGCCUGUACUGUAUAUGGAAGUCCACAGGGACCAGCUGCAUUUGGGUGUGUGUGUGUGUGUUUGAGGAUAAGGGUGUCCCCAGUGGCUGUCACUUUACCCUCCCUGGUUACCAGGGCUGUCAGCGGAGCAGCAGAGUGAGACACAGAUAGAGGGAGCUGCAGAGCGCUGCUAUUAAAACUGAUUAGACAUGCCACACCUGCUCUGAUCCAGGACCGUGUGUGUGUGUGUGAGUGUGAGUGUGUGUGUGUGUGUGUGUGUUUGCACAGUACGUCAGUGGAAAGACGAGCGGCCCUGAGAGGGAACUGAUCUCCGCUCCUGCCUGUUCUUGCGUGGUUCUGCGUUACGCUUGUGUUGCAAAGUCUUGCAGAGUCUUAUUAAACGGGUUCGAAGCUCAGGCCAAGCAACCGGAGCAGGCUAUCACUCCCAAAAGCACGCUGGGACACCAGAGCCACCAGGUGUCCAUGGAAACUGCCAGCCUCUCGGAUUGGUCCUCUGAGAUGCGCCACACCACCCCGCCCUGCUACUCUUUCCCCCUUUUUUUUUCACUGCAGUGUAAUUACUGUGAAAAAAAGGGAGCAGCCUUAGUUUCCUGGAUAAAACACAUCCACUUUGAGCCAAAAGUGAGGUAAUACACCUCAUUUAUCCCGCCAUUGAUACGAAAAUUAGCACCUCUGGUUGUGAGAUCAUAAUCGUACAGCCAUGCCUCAACAUGUAAAGAGAUAGUGGAGGAUGAAUAUGGAUGCUAAUGCAGCUGCACACUUCAGUCUGUUUGAAAGGAGGGAAGCCAGAGAUGCUCCCGACCCCACCCCCCCCCCACCCCGAAACAUCUGUGAGAAUUAAAGCUGCUAAAUAUUUCAUAGUGACAACUGAGGCUGACAUGCUGCGUCUCCCAGCCCUUCAACCCUCUGGGCAUCUUGAUACUUAUCAAUCAUGGAGACAAAUCAUCAUCCUUUUGUCACUCAUUAAAAAAAACUGCUUCAAAGAUGUAAAUUCAGCUUUAGCUUUGUAUGAAUAUUUGCUCAUUCAACGGCUCUGCCAAGUUAAAACUGAGGUUUGAUAAUGGGGAAGUGGACGCUUUGAAACAUUUACAGUUUAUUUACAACCAAAUGCCAGUUUUAUGAAUGGAAAUAUUUUUUUUUAUUUUCUUUAAAGCACAGUUAGAUUUUUAAUUUACUCUCCUUAUCAUUUAAAAGAAGCUGAACGACUCCCCAGCCUUCUUUGAAAGAUGAGGUCUCCCACAGGGGCAACAACAAAACCUCCUCAAAUGAAUGAAGAUAAUCAAGAACAGCACAGAGAAACACAAAUGAAAUACUUGUUGCUUCACAGUAAGAAAAUUAGUAUCUCAACAGGUGCUGUGACUCUUCAAAGAGACUAUUAAAUAGAUUGAAAAUACCCGUCUGGACUGAAUAAACAAUCGAAAAUCAUCAAAUCCUCUUUGUUUAAGAGCUUCAUAUAUUUGUUUUAAAAAUCUGCACAUGGGAUUUUAAAAAAGGACCGAUGAUUCGCUCUAAAAGAAGUUCUGACAUGGUUCAUGAAAAUUGUCCAGUCCUCCCCCCAGGCCGCCUCUCUGAUGUGUUUAUCUUUCUUCUACCAUCUCUCCUCCUGACCAGACUUUACUGCACUUAUCGAUCAAGACCAACCUUAUCUCUUUAAUGCACAGCAGAGUUUAUUGAUCAGGUCUCCACCAAGGGGGCACUUCAAAAACAGCGUUUCCCCCUCUGUGACUGCAGAUGUUUUCUCUGCCCCUCAUGUUUCACUUAACUCUGUGUUGCUCCCCAAAGCUCACCUCCGCUCCUUUUGAUCUGUUGUUUUAUGUUUGGCCAUUAGCUGCCGAGCUACCACAGUGACGCGCAGCUGGUUAAUCUGAACUCUUUCUGCAGGUGGUACAGCUGCAUGUUGGGGAAGAAAUGCAGCUUGGCGCCUUUGAAAGAGGAGCUCAGAAAGCAAGGGGUGAGUACGAAUGACGGCGGCGCGCACAAAUCUGCAUGCACAGCUUUUGAUCUCUACUCAUGCCUGAAUGAGCCCCUUCUCUGCGGGGUUAGAUAACAGCUUGUUGAAACAAUCUCAAAUGAGCGUUCAUCAGGGGACUAAUUUUUGUAAGAGAUCAUCUUCACUUCCAGAGCCGCAGGUACCCACAAAAUAAAACACAUCAGCUUUUUUUAAUAUGCCAGCGAAGGAGCAUCACAAACGAGCCUUGACUGAGCUGAUUUCUGGUAGCGGUACAUGACUGGAUCACACGGCAGUCUGUAGCUAACGUGCAUUAGCGUCAUUAGACCAGCCAAGAGUCAGGCACAUGACUCCUGACUGCUGCAGGCCUCUGGUCCUGAGCCAGUCCCUCCUAUCCCUCAAGUCUCCUCAGGAGAGCUGUUCGGGGCGCUGUUGCCGCUCAUCAGAGUGAGUGCAGGCUUGGCGUACAUCCAGAGAGGAGACAGUUUCUUCAUCUUAAAGCGUGUGUAAACAGAAACCCUGCCUAGUUAAUAUGCUAAUGCUUUUAUCACCCACUACUCGAGCUUCACUCAGGUUCUCUCGUCUCUGUGUUUUUCAAUUUAGCAAAUGUAGAUGUCUUAGAUCGUGAGCUCUUUGAACUCUGACCUCUUCUACCAAUUUACCUUAGUGACCCUCUCCUUUCUAUUUACUGAAGCACUCCUUUGAGAUGAUUCGAGUGCCCUCUUAGUACAAGGGUUUUCACACCACAUGUUUGCCUUUUUCGCAACAUGGAUCGUUUUUUUCUCACUUUCAACUCACUGAAGCAAAGACACGUGAAGCAGGACGAGUGUCUGAGUUAAAUUUAGAUCAUCUUGUUCUGAGUCUCUGGAUCUCAAAAAUAGAGAGAUUUCAUUCUGUGGAGCUGAUCUAUAAGUUAUAGUUACAGUUUUAUGGAGAAUACUAAAAAAAAAUCUGCCACACUCAGAGGCUCCACCUGUUAAAGGGAUAUUCCGGCACAAAAUUUUAUUAGUUGAUGAAGUCAGGUGCUGCUCUGGGCAUUAUUUGUGGGUAUAGAGUGGCGAUUGGUUGAGAUUUGUUGAUGACUUCUUAGACCACUGUGUAUUUCUUUUUUGCGGUUGUUACUAAAGUUGUUAAACUAGAGAAGCAAGCUGUCUCGAGGGAGUGUCUAACUCUGUGUUUCGGUGUCUUUGAUCCUAAAUUAAUUUUACGCCAAAAUAUCCCUAAAAGUGUUUUAAUUACAGAUUAAGUUUUGGGUUGUUUUACUGUGAAAUGUCUCCUCUGACACUUUCCUUUUUCCUCAGGUACCAAAGGUGACACACACAGAGUUCUGUCAGGGCCGGACUAUGCGCUGGGCUCUGGCCUGGAGUUUCUAUGACGAUGUGAUUGUUCCGGUGAGUGUGCUGAUUUUCUCCCCAUCCUCUUUCGAUUCAAGACUUUGUGUUGUGGUUAUAAAAGAGAGGUGGUGAAAUUAUUACCGUAAUUACCUGUGGUGAGCUGCUUUGAUGCUAUAAAAUACGACCGACUUUUAGCACUGUAAUAAAUACCCAAGUAAGCUAUUUAUAUACUUCUGGGUAUUUUAGUAGUUAAACCUCUUUUUCCAGCUGCUGAAUGUUUCCAAACCCUUCCUCAAUUAUGUAGAACCUCUGCAGAAUUCCCCCCUCUCCCUCAAGCCCUUUUCCAUUAGAAGCACUUUAUUUUUUUCCUCUAAGGAGAUGUUGAUGUGAUUUUUUUUAACAUGCUGUAUCCAGGCAACAGUUGCUAAGGCCAGGACUGUGUGCAAUACAGCCCUAAACCAUUGUGUUGUCUGGACAGUUAAAGGGCUGGACAUAAAUAAAGAGAACGGUUCAGAAAAAGAGUGAAAGACUGAGAAUGAUGCUGGAGUUAAAGAAUCGAGGAAGGCUGUCAGGAAAUCGUGGGACGAUGAUGAUGAUGGUGAUGAUGAUGAUGAUGAUGACUGUUUGGUUGGAUUUGUCUCUGUUUUGGCCUUUCUAGCAUGAGGGCAGUUGAGCAGAAUGAUCGGCCUACAUUUCCUCCUGCAGCCCUCCUCCUCCUCCUCCACUUUCACACACACAGCCACCAUCGUUUGCACUCACCAUCAUUACAGGGCAGACCCCUCAAGCACGCGCGUGUGUGUGUCUGCCUGUCUGUGUGUACAUGCUAACAUGACAGAAGUUUCUGCAUAUGCAAUUCCAUGCAUGGUUGACUUCCACAUUUCGCCUCUAUGCAUUUGUUCCUAUUCAUGUCUGGUGUGUACGUAUGUGUAUAUGUGCGUAUGGGUGCUCAUUAAUGUUACAUAUAGGCUUUAACAUAUGUGACACACAUGCAGCUGUGACCUACUAAACUCUCCUACUACCAGGUCAGCCUUACUACAUCCUACAAAUUACUGCCAUUACCUUAUAUUACAUCUUUAACACCACAUGUGACACAUUUUUCUGAACAGGGAGACCUGCAACAAAAAGUGUUUAAGCUCGUCGACUAAUCCAAAUCUGAAUCUCAGCAUUCACAGAGCUGUAACAGGUUAAAUACAAAUGUGAAUUGGACAUUUACAGUAAGAAGGGCUCGGGCACUGAGGGUGCGGACACUACUCGUAUCACUCUGUUUGUCCCUUUUUCUUUCUUGGUAAUACUAAACUGCAGACUCUGGGCCUUACACACCCAAAGAUUCAUACAAUUAUCAGUCCUGGUGGAAAAUUAGAUAUUUUUAAGGGUCUCAGAAAAAAAUCUCUAAGAAGGGCUCAUUUGCUCCCCCUACAGGUUGAAAGAUCCCCUCCUUAUAUUGACCUAUAUAUUUAUGAGUAUCACUAUUUAGAUUUGUCAUAUCGAGGUCUAAAAAAGUCUUCUUCCACUCAACAGGAAAUCUCCUGCUUUGAUUAGAAUUUUUGACAAAUUCUUGGAUGAUUUCAAAGGUGCAUAUUUGAAGAACUUUGGGGGUUCUGCCGGGUCAGUAGAUUUUAAGCUCACACAGAGAUGUAUAUAUUGGAAAUUAAAAGUUAUUUAAAGCUUGACUUUUUAUCAAAGGGCUAGGUUGUAGCCAGCAGAGAGAUGGGUAAUUCACAUCUCUACCACUAAUACAGGAAUUAGUUUUUUUUCUGAAUGAUGUACGCUCUAAUUUAAGCCAAAAUCUCCUCUGAACACAUUUACAAGGUCAAACUCGAUCACAGUCAUAGCUCCCUUUUAAGGGUUGCAAGAAAUGUUGAAGCUGAAGCUCCAAGACCAUUGAACAUAGUCACAGCAUCUCUGGUCAGUAUCUAUGAGAUGUUGGUCUUGAUGUGUGACAACAUUUGAGCCCUCAUCAAGCAGCUGGUCAGAGUUUGAUAUCUGAAAACAUAGUUUCCUGCUAUUUUCUAAGUAACACAUGAGUUAAUUAUGCCAAUAUUCGCAGAGACAUCUCAUGUCUCUUUAGUUGCUUGCAUGCCUCUCCUGCCAUUUGCAUUUUUAAUUUCCAUCUAAGUACCUGCCAUUGGAGAUGCAUGGACAGAUGCAAGAAAAAAAUCUGAGAUUUAUUUAAAGGUAAGAGUAAAAAGAAGUGCCAAAUGUCAGAGCCAAUUACACAAAAGGAUUUUUUAAUUUGAUGUUGAAAACGGGAUUCUUGUUUGCACCUUUACUUUCAGGUUUUGAAAUGAUCAAUGUGUCACAUGCUCAAACAUUCGACAUGAUGUCGAAUUGAAAAGAUGUAGACUAGACAGUAAGAUAAGCUUACAUACAGAGAAUAAAUGGAGGCUGUCUGGUUUAUCGGAGCCCUGGGGUAAGUGAUUGUUGGUUGCACUUAUAGGCCUCUGGCGGGAGAGGGGGUCAGGAAAGGUCCCGAGUUCAGGAGUCCGAGCAGGGGCUGUGAAACUCUAGAGUAUGAUUAACAGUGUUCGCCUGGAGGUGAAAUCUGCAACACUUAACUUCUCCAUUUUUUUGUGACUGUCUCUCAGUGUGUGUGCGAGCGUGUGUGUGUGUGCACUCAGGAGGUCGAGAUAGAUGAUUGGACAACAUGGUAUCUAAAGAGGGCAGCUCUUAUCAGACUUUUACCACGGCUAGGUUUCAAAAUGAGGCGCAGCUUUUAUUGUGAGGAUGUCAUUUACCACAUCUGGUGUGUGUGUGAGAGAGAGCAUGCUCUUGGGUGAGAGUGUAUAAGUGGGAUUAAUAAUGGAGUGAUGGAGUGAAAGAGCUGCAGAGUCAGAAGAGGAUGUUGUUCAGUAGAAAAGUGUGUGUGUAUAUAAAACAGAGUACAUGGAGUUCUUUGUCUCUGGGUUUGUGUCUGCACUCGCCGACUUUGUAUGUGUGGGAUUUUAAACUGAUGUGGUAGUGCUUGAAUCUGUGUCAAGGAUAUGGCUUACAGAAAGGUUUGGCUUGAUGGAUUUUAUUGAUUUCCUCUGCGUGUACAAUGAGCUGCAGGGCUGGCAGAGUGAGGAGGAGGAGGAGGAGGAGGAAGGGGGAGAGAUGUCUGUGUGAAACAAUAAGAAAUGAAAAGAAGCUCCAACAAGCAGCCAGACAAGCAGCUUCUAUUGUCAACCUAUUAAUUAAACACGUCCAUCUCUGCUGAACAGGCAGGAACCGAUUUCAACUAAAAAUCAAUGGAUGAUCAGUGGAGAAACAGCUUUUACUGACAGUGAAGAUGAAGCUCCCUUUCAAAAUAAAGCAGAUGCAGGAAAGCUGUGAAUUAAUUAAGCGAAAGAUCCAUAACUUGAGAAACAAUAUGAAGUCUUGUGAUGCACCAAAACGGCGAUAACUACUCCCCGAUGACUGUAGCGGUGUGAAGGUCACACUGCGCUCCUUCUCUCUGCUGUUUGUAGGUCAGUCGGCCAUGCUGUCUGCUCCGUCACUGCACAGUGCGGGCUGCAGACCCCCACCGUCUCCCCCACUUCAGUCACUCUGCGGUGACUUUGCGGAGUGCAGCAUGGUCGCGCCGGCUGCAGCGGGGACACACACACACGGGGUACGAUUGCUGCAGAGCGUUCGCUGUAUUCAGACACAGUUCAGCGACGACCUCCACCGCCAUCACAGCGUGACAUUAGAGGGGAUUAGAAAUAAAGAAGCGUGUUUAAUUCACUGCAGGUUCAGGUGGAGUGUGUGUGUGCUUUGAGUGCCCUCUUGGGGUGUGACAUGGACGUGCAACGUUGUAUGUAUCCAUUGAUCAUCCGAAAUACUCAUCAGGGGUCCCCUGAAGAGCCAUAAUCUAGAGAAAUACCACGCAAGCUUAUAAUAAUAAGAUUAAAAUAUGCCUUAUGGUUACUUUACUGUGUUUGAGUAUUACUUACAAUCAUUGAUCCGGAUUCAUGUCAUAUCAAACUACUCCUUUUAAUGCAUCUGAGUGUUUGUCUUUACCUGAGGAAACACUGGACUGUCUCCUCAGUGAGGCCCACCACAUGUCUUUUAGAUCCUAUCCUGACCUAAUUUUUUAAGUUAUUUUAUGAUUCUUUUAGAAACGAGCUUUUAAACAUGAUGAAUUGCUCUCUUCAGACGGGGGUCUUUCCCUCUGCCUUUAAAGCAGCAGUAGUGAGACCCCUGCUGAAGAAGAGCAGUUUAGAUUUGAAUGAUUUGAACAAUUACAGGCCAGUGUCUAACUUACAAUUUUUAAGCAAAAUAUUAGAAAAACUUGUUUUUAUCCAACUUAAAGAAUUUUCAGACAAUCAUGAUAUUCUUAAAAGUGUCUAUAAAAAGGCUAUAAAAGUGUCAGUCUGGUUUUAGGGUGAACCACAGCAUCAAGACCCCCUUGGUAAAGAUUUUGAAUGAUGUCAGAUUAAAUUAUGAUGCACAAAAGAUGACAGUGUUGGUUCUGAUGGAUCUUAGUGCUGCCUUCAAUACAACCGCCUAAAACACCUUGGCCUCUCAGGUGCUGUUCACAGAUGGUUCACCUCCUAUCUGACAGACAGGACAUUCAUGGAAGUGUAGACACAUGCUCCUCCAAAGUCUAUAAAAUCCCAUAUGGUGUACCUCAGGGUUCGAUUUUAGGCCCUGUGCUUUUUAACCUGUACAUGCUCCCUCUUGGCGGUGUCAUCAGGAGACAUGGAAUCAACUUCCCCUGUUAUGCUGAUGAUACGCAGCUCUACAUCUCUGUGUCUCCUGAUGGGCAUCUGGGAAAGUUUUUUGUUUUUGUUUUUAACUUGACUGUAAAGCGCUUUAUAAAUAAAGUUUGAUUGAUUGAGAUACAUGAGGCGCAACUGGUCGCUCAAGCAUGUGUGAAUUUGUGAAAGGACUUCCUUUUGGAUGUUGACAGAAGUAAUCACAGAACUACAACCUCAUUCAAGCGUGGUACUCUUAUUUCAGCAGGAGAAUGGUAAACCACAGUCUACACAAAUUACAACAGAGUGGCGAGUGGUGAAAGAGCUCAGGUGCUACACUGGUCCGCCCACAAGCCAGACUUCUCACCCAUUGACAAUGUUUGGGGUAAUUUAACAUCUAAAAUACAAUAAAGACAUUUGACUCUGGACUGCUGAAGAGCUUAAAUCCUAUUUCAAUCAAGGACAGGUGAACACUACAGCUUCAAAAUAACAGCAUUUGAGUGUUGUUGAAGAGAAAGUUGAUGAACAUGACCCCUUAGUGAAAAGAGCACCUGAACUGUUGUGGAAAUGAGGUUUUGCAUGUGAGCAGAAACACUUCACCGCCCUCUGCUGGCCGCCUCAUUGUCAACAUUUUGGUGCGGUUACUUGAGAACCAUCACUAUCUCUGGUGUGGAAUGUCUGUAAUGUUUUAACAAGAUCAAAACAACAAAUGAGGUUUCCGAAUCAUUAGUAAACCAGUCUUUUCAAUUUGCGUCAACAUGCACUGACGUGUAAAUGAAAAAGACAGGAAAGAAAAGCAGAAUCAUGAGAGACGAGAGGGGGGAGAAUUUAAGAAAUGAGCCAAUAAAGAGCUGCCAAACCUUAUCUGUAUGAGAUCAGUGUAGUAACAUUCAGCUGGGGAAAACAUUAGCGUGUGCGGCGUGAGUGAAGUGUAAUCUGCUCAAUCUGAAAGUGUGCUUUCUUCAGCUGGUACACAUUUUUUCUAUAUUGUCACCCAGGUUUAUCAACAGGGACUAUCCUCGUGCAUAUUUCAGAGACAUCAUCGAAUGUGUGAAAGGGAUAUUCCACCGUAACACUGAGUUAGACACCCCGUCGAGUGAUGAAUGUUGCCAACCGCUUGCUUCUCUAGUUAUACCAACUUUAGUAACAACCGCACGAUAGCAAUAUACAGCAGUCUGAGGAGCCAUAAACAAACCUCAACCAAAACGCCACUCUACAGCCACAAAUAAUGCUCAGAACAGCACCUAACUUCAUCAACAGUACAUAUAGGGUCCCAACCAUAGCACUAGCCACCAAACAUCUUGUUAGCUUUGCCUCAUUUCUUUAGCAAAGAGACUAAACACAACUCACCUACUCUCUUCCAGCAGCCGUUUGUUUGUAGUGAGACCUUGGGCCAGUCCAUUACAGACUGCUGCAGGGUGACUCAGCUCAAGGAAGAACAUUUAUGAUCAUGUCAUCCACACAGCUGUAUUGCCAUUUUACCUUUUAAAAUUUUUCUGAAUCUCACUCUGGUCUCUCCUUUCUUUCUAGUCUCCACCCAGUAAGAAGCGUAAACUGGAGAAGGUGAGGAAGCCGCUUUCAUUCAUGCUACCAGAACCGGGACUGAAGGAGCUCCAAGCCAAGGCCUCGGCUUUAGGCUGCACUGCCCGCAGCCCUGUGGAGAGUAUCACUGCUCUGCUGGAGAAAACACUCACUGACCUAAAGGUGAGCUAAGAAGUGUAAAAAUACAGAAAAUGGUUCAUCUCUAACUCAGGAGGCUCCUCUGAUACAAAAGGAGUAAUGAAAAAUCACUGCAGCAGAAACUUUACAAUAAUGGAGUUCAACUAUCAACCAUCAUUGCUUGCCUGUCUGUGUUGUGUAUGUCUCUGCAGGUGCUGCACAAGCGUGUUCCCUGUAGAAAAGGGGAGCAGAGCCUCUUACUAACAGCUGUGGAAAACACAUGGAUCCACAACCGUCAGAAGCGACGAGAAGGGGCUCGUCAGCUGCGAGAGCUUCCCAGGGCACCUCAGUCUGUUGGCACCAGCACUCAAAUCCCCACGGUCACAGCUGCCCCCACCACAACUCAAGCAGCUGAAAACCAGUCUGUCUCCAUUGACAACACUCCGGCUGACAAUGUUCAGGACAACUGUGCUCUUUCAAAUGAGACGAGUGAAGAAGUAACACUCAACCCUACAGGACAUCAAAAAGAAGUGUCAGAGUGUGUGUCAGGAGGAGAUGUGAACAUGGAGACCUCAACGUCUGCAGAAGCAGGACAGGAAACAGGAGCAAAGGAAGCGCCUGCGGCAGAAAGCGAGCCGCCCUGUGCGAAAACCCUGAGCCUUUCUGGGGAUGAACACUUCCUGUUAAAGUGUCUUCUGAAUGUCACGCCUGAGGAGAGGGAUGUGGUGAUCGAAAUGCACUGGGUCGAGGGUCAGAAUAAAGACCUGAUGAACCAGCUGUGCACUUUCCUGAAGAACACACUUUUAAGGUUCAUUGGAAAAUGCUGAAAUAUGAAAUGCUGAUUCAAAUCUUAAAAUGACAGCAUACUUUAUUUUGGAGAUGUUUAAGUGCUUCUCAGUUGGUUAUUAAGUUUUGGACAGUUAGAGUUAAAUCACUGUGUGUGACUCCACACAGCUUUUCAGAGUUCUUGGUUUUUAUUUUACUUUCAGAGGUUUCUCCCAAGAGGAGGAAAUUUUUAGUUUCAUUUUAGACAAUGACCGCGUUUGUAUAUUUUACCUUUUAAGGUAAUGCAUAUUGUACAUUAGGAUUUAGAGCUCAAAUAUUUGCAAUAAAUCAACACGUUUUUAUAGCGUUUUCUGCUUCUUGGUGCAUCUUUUGAUCAUGGUGACGUCUCAAUCAGUGAUUCAGUACCUUCAAACAUCCACUAGAGGGCAGAGUAUGUGUAUCUUCCUCAAGUAUCCCCCAUGAUCGCUUACAUGUAAAGUCAAGAUUAAACUUUUUUAUUUCUGCUUUGUUAAA